GUGAAGGGGCUGGAGGCGGUGAGGCGGUGCCGCAGGGUGUACCUGGAGGCCUACACGUCCGUCCUGACGGUGGGCAAGGAAGCGCUGGAAGAGUUUUAUGGGAAAGAAUUGAUUUUGGCUGACCGAGAAACAGUGGAACAAGAAGCCGAUAGCAUUUUAAAAGAAGCUGAUGUUUGUGAUGUCGCAUUUCUGGUAGUUGGUGAUCCGUUUGGGGCCACGACACACAGUGAUUUAGUACUACGUGCAGUAAAAUUGGGGAUUCCAUACAAGGUCAUUCAUAAUGCUUCAAUAAUGAAUGCAGUGGGCUGCUGUGGUUUACAGUUGUACAAUUUUGGAGAGACAGUUUCUAUAGUUUUCUGGACAGAUACAUGGAAGCCAGAGAGCUUUUUUGACAAGAUGGAGAAGAACAGGCAGAACGGAAUGCACACACUGUGCUUACUUGAUAUUAAAGUGAAGGAGCAGUCUCUGGAGAAUCUAAUGAAAGGAAGGAAGAUUUACGAGCCACCACGCUACAUGAGUGUGAAUCAAGCUGCAGAACAGCUUCUUGCCAUUAUUCAAAACAGGAGGCUUCAGGGAGAAGAACCAGGAAUUACUGAAGACACAAUUUGUGUUGGCCUCGCACGUGUGGGUGCUGCGGAUCAGAAGAUUGCUUCAGGCACGCUGCAGCAGAUGUCCACAGUGGAGUUAGGCGGUCCACUACACUCCUUGAUUGUUGCAGGCACUAUGCAUCCUCUGGAAUUAGAAAUGCUUAAGCUUUUUUCUGUAGAUAGUUCCAGUUUUGAAAAUAAUGAACUUCAAAGGACCACUUAAAUAAAAAGGAGGAAUUUAAAAUUUUA